AUUUGGGGUAGGAAGCGCGUUACUUGACGCGUUUACUUUAUUCUCUUCUUCUUCUUCUUCUUCUUCUUCUUCUUCUUCUUCUUCACCCUCCAUAAUUCUUCUCCAUAAUUCUUCUCAAACGGACAAAGACAAGCUUGAAACAAUGUCAGGAUACCCACAUGGAUCUUCACAACCACCACCAGGAAUUUACGGCUACGGUGGACCACCACCUCAACCACAACCAUAUGGCUAUGGUGCAUCACAACCACCAUCUUCUCAACCUUACGGAUCAGCACCGCCUUACGGUUCUUCGCAACCACCACCACCUCAACCACAACCAUAUGGUUACGGUGGUUCACCCCCAUCAUCAGGUCAUCAUCAACCUCAACCAUAUGGAUCAGCAGGAUCAUACGGUUCUCAACCACCACCACCAACAUCAUCAGGAUCGUACGGUUCAUCAGCCUAUGCACCUUACGCACCAUGUGCUCCUCAAUCAGAUCCCCUAAAACCUCCUAAAAAUAGUUACGAUUCUGGAAGUGUUGGUGGUCCUGAUGGACACUAUCAUGGAAGUAGCGGUGGUUAUCACACAGCAGCAUCAGCACCACCACAGCAACAACAUUACGGAGCCAGCCCAUUUGCUCCUUUGGCACCUUCAGCGUUUCCACCAGGGACUGAUCCGAAUAUAGUUGCUUACUUUCAGAUGGCUGAUCAAGAUGGUAGUGGAUUGAUUGAUGAUAAAGAAUUGCAGAGAAUUCUCGCUGCUUAUCAUCAGAAUGGAUUUAGUCUGAGAACUGUUCAUCUUCUUAUGUAUCUCUUCACCAAUUCCAACACUCAUAAGAUCGGACCUAAAGAGUUCAUUGCAGUGUACCACAGUCUUCAAAGCUGGAGGGCAAUAUUUGACAGAUUUGAUGGUGAUCGAAGUGGAAAAAUUGAUACAUUAGAGUUGCGACAGGCACUUCUAAGCCUUGGGUUUGCUGUUCCUCCGGGGGUGUUGGAUCUGCUCAUCUCAAAGUUUGAUAAAACUGGUGGCAAAAGCAGGGCAAUUGAAUAUGAUAAUUUCAUUGAGUGCUGUUUGACUGUCAAGGGACUCACGGAUAAAUUUAAGGAGAAGGAUAAAUCGUAUACUGGGUCAGCAACUUUUACUUACGAGGCUUUUAUGUUAACUGUUCUGCCUUUCCUUAUUGCAUAGUCUCUAACUGGAAAAGGAUUUGCUUGGGAGUUGGGUCUGGUAGAUAUUUCCUUUUCAGCAGUACUUUAAUUUGGCACAUGUGGUUAUAGUUUGAAGUCAAGGCUCAAGAGUGCCGCCUUGUUAUUUUGUUGGGUAAAUUUGGGUUUAUAACUGAAGUUGACGUGGAUAGUUCAAUAGAGUAUUGUUACUGUAUAAAUAUCACUAUCAUUAAAUAGUUCUGUUCUUCUGUGUUUACCAUGGAUUAUUCACGGAGUCCUUGGAAACAUGACAUGAUGAAUGUAAGAAACUUGAAUCACUGCUUUGUUUUGCAAAAUCUUCUUCGGAAACAGAGUAUGAAUGGCGUGGUUGUUUCACCAACCAUUUACAA